AUGAGACUCAUUACACAGAUCUACAUCGACACCUCAUUGAUCCUCGAAGUCCUCGAACACCAAUUCCCUUCCUCCAAGGGAUAUGGCACGCUUUAUCCCUCUCCAUCACCGUCGGCCACCAAGUCGAAUAAUCGUUCCUCAAACUCCUCCUCCCCCUACAACCGUCACCGUCCACUUAUUCGUGGCUUUGCGUCCUACUGGACAGAUAAGCCACUGUUCCGCGUCACUACAGGCCUGAUCCCCAGCACCGUGUGGCGAAGCAAAUUUGGCACUGACCGCGCCAAUCUCAUCGGCCACAGUCUCGACGCGGAAAAGCUGGAGCGCAAGGUUCCCGAGAACUUGAGUGCGUUGGAUCUGCAUUUGAGUUUGUUGGAGCCGCUUUUUCAGGGGUCUACUACUACUGGUGGUCAGUGGAUCUUCGACGGCGAAACUCCCAGCGCGGCAGAUAUCGCACUCUAUUACCAACUUGAUUGGGGGGAGAAAAUCAGUCGCGGAGAGGGAGUUGCCGACCUCAGUGGUGGAGAGGUGGAAAACGGACCAAAAGCGACCUCUUUGGGAAAACAAGAAGGAACGGGAGUGGGAGUGGCAGUGGCAAGUGUGUUCAAUGAGCAACGAUAUCCUGGGCUCUCGGCAUGGUUUGCUCGUGUCAAGAAGUUCUUUGAUGGUUUGCCAAGUACGGAGACAAGAGUCGAGAAAUUGGAUGAGGUCAAGAUUCAGCAGGUUCUGGAGGAGAUCAAAGCUUGGCCGUUGGCAGAUGGUCAUACUGGUGGGUCGGGAGAAGGAGGAGAACGGACGUCACGGUCUACUGGAGUGUCUGCUAAUAUCACUUUACUUCCUACUCCUGCAGGGUCACAUGUCUCACUGGACAAGAGGAAUGGUUUGGUCCCAGGGGUGAUUGUUAGUGUUGCUCCUGACGAUACGGGCCGAAGCAGUCCGUCUAUCGGGACGUUGUUGGCAAUCACGCCGGAAGAGGUGGUCAUCGCACCGAAGGAGGAGGGGAAGCCCACUGGACCAACUGUUGGCGUUGGUCAGGCUAGAGUUCAUUUUCCCAGACUCGGGUUUGUGGUGAGACCGGUUGACGGUGGUCAUGGGGCGAGGCUGUAG